GGAAGCAUGGAGUCAUUUAGGAUGAAACCGAAAUAAAGUGCUGUAACUCGCUGAAAAAUUGAGCUGUUUGACGUUAGCUGCUAGUAUUAGCUUGAAGUUAGCUACUAGUAUUCGCUUUUAUGCUAGUAUGCUAGUAUUAACUUGGAUAUUAACUUAGUAUUAACUUUAGUUGCUAGUAUUUUUGUUAGAAAGGUUGACAUAUAGUUAGAUAUUUGCGUUUUAAUUCAUUUAUGUGAACUAAUUUCCUUUGGUUAGGUCAUUCACCGCUACCUCAAAUGACCCUAACUUUAUAAUGUUGCCAGGCAUACUAGUGGCAUAAUAUUUGCUGUUUUUAAACCGUCAAUAAUCUGAGAGUAGUUGUGAAUCAUGUCCUGGGGAUCACUUUUCCGCAGACACUGUGCUGUUCAGAUCAGACAGCAAGUCGGAUCUCUUCAGUGGCUCAAGCCGACAUCUUCCUGUCUUUCCUUGAGAGGCUUGCACGUGACUGGCAGGAGGAGGUCGUAUGAUGUGCGGAAAGUGGAGCUGACACCUCUGGAGCAGAGAAAACUCACCUUCGACAGUCAUGCUCUUGUCACAGAGCUGGAAUCGAACGGGUUUGAAAAGAAGCAGGCAGAGUUGAUCGUCAAUGCGCUGGUCACCCUCACAACAGCCAACAUGGACAUUGUGUACAGGGACAUGGUAACGGGAGCCCAUCAGGAAAUUGCCCUCCAGCAAAUUAUGGCUCAUCUGGAUUCCAUUAGGAAGGACAUGGUUAUUCUGGAGAAAAGUGAAUUUGCCAACUUGAGAUCGGAGAACGCAAAAAUGAAGGCUGAACUCGAACAGAUCAAGAACAGAUUGCUUGAGGAAAGUCAAAAAAUCAGAGCAGACUCAAAGUUGGAUAUUAAUCUUGAGCGAAGUCGAGUAACUGACAUGUUCACAGAGCAAGAGAAAAAACUGAUGGAGGUUACCUCUGAAUUUCACAAAAAGAAUGCUGAAAUUGAAACUAGUGCCAUUGAAACCACCAAGAAAAUAGACAUCGAAGUGGCUUCACUGAAAACACUCCUGGAAUCACUGAAGCUACAGACUAUCCGAUAUCUCGCAGCGUGCAUCUUCUCCUGUUUGGCAGUUGCCCUCGGUGUCUACCGGUUAUGGAAGUAAAAGAAAUAUCUUUUAUAUUAUUAACAUUUUUAGCUUUAUUUUCAGUUAUGUGUAAAAGGAUUUUGAGUGUAUAGUUGUAAGCAAAACCUGGUUUGAAAUUUUUUUAAUAUGAUGACCAUAUCCUCCUUGUAUUAUUUUGUUUCAUGAUGUGCCAUCAACACCACUGUCAAUAACCACUAAAAUAUCUGAGCAGUGUUUCUGAUCCAUAGAACAUUCAGCUUGUUCAGAAAUAUCUUAUGUGCUGUUACCACUAAAUCCCACUGGACUGGAAUUAAACCUCACUCUACUUCUA